AUGACAUUGAUCAUCAGCAGGCAGCGGCUGCGCUACACGCUCCUCGUCUUCGUGCCCUGCAUACUACACUUCAUGAUCGCGUGGCUGGCCUUCUUCCUGCCUAAAGAGGUGUCGCAGGGCCGCUGCAUCAUCAACUGCACCACCAACCUGUCGCUGAUUAGCAUGUUGUCCGUCUACAUGCGUUACAGUCCGCAGGGCGGCCACCUGAAGUCGUUCGACAUCUGGGUCGUCUUCUCGAUGGUGUUCCAGUUCCUCUGUACCAUUGACAGCAUCAUCGACAUCCGCCUGCUGUACCUGGCCUUCAACCUGCGCCAGCAGCCCGAGCAGCCGGACACCACCGAGGUGCUGCAUCUGGUCACCAACACGGACAACUGGCUCGGCAGAGAGAUGCGCCACGUCGAGCCGGAGAUCUCCAGCAACAUGGCGCCGCAGCCGCCCUCCAUGCUGGAGGACAUCAGCAUCUAUACCAGCGAGACGUACCAGAAGUUCCUCAGCGCGCUGGUCCUCUACCAGGAGUGGUCACAGUGGAUCUACCUCGGCGGAUACAUGAUGUUCGUCUGGCUUUACUGGUACAUUCACGUGCCAAAAGAGUUGCAUUAG